AGCAGCACGUUUUCACACCCGCAUCCUCCCCUGCAAUACAAACCCGGCACGCUGGGGUCUGGACAAUUUCCCCGCCACUGGAGCUGCCGGCUUAUCAAAGAAUAUAGAAACCAGGAGCUUGUCCUGUCAAUUGGGUCCCCGGCGUGAUCCUGUCGUGUUGUCCCGCUCUGCUGGUAUUCUUCUUCUUCACAAUCUUCCCCUGAUACACUAUGACGACGGACAAAGACAUCGAAUUAACCACCCGGGCGGCGGGUGAGGAUGAGCUCGCCAUCCAGGAGGCAAUUGAGGACGAGAGAGUCAAGACAGAGAAGCAGCAGUCUGGUGGUGUGCUCGAGAGAUACAUCAGUUUCGUCUCGGCCAUCAACUUUGGCUUCAUCUUGCAAUGUUCGUGGGAGGCUGCUGCUGUCACUUUCCAGUUCUCUCUCAGCAAUGGCGGCCCUGCAUCAAUUGUGUACGGCAGUAUCUUCGCCGGCAUUGGGACGAGUCUCGUGGCCAUUUCACUGGCAGAGAUGGCAUCCAUGGAUCCAACUGUUGGUGCACAAUAUCGCUGGUCCGCAGCCUUCGCACCGAAGUUUAAUCGGUUCUUCGGACUGAUGCAAGGAUGGAUAACCGUUUUCGCAUGGAUAUGUUCCUGUACUUCUAAUCCUGCACUGAUCUCCAACGUUGUCGUCGGUCUUGCAAUUUUCAACAACCCCGAAUACACACCUCAACGAUGGCACGUGACGUUAAUCAUGUGGGCUAUCACCAUCUUCCCCUUCCUCGGAAAUUUCUGGUUUAGGAAAUUGCUCAAUCCUCUCGAAGCUGUGGGCGCUAUAUGCCAUGUUGUGUUCUUCAUUGUCAGCAUUAUUACCUUAGUUGUGCUUGCACAAAGAAGUUCAGUUGACUUCGUCUUCAAAACCUUGACGAACGACGUGAGUGGGUGGACUAACCCUGCUGUCGCUUGGGGUAUUGGGCUGCUAACCGUCACCUAUCCUUUGACUGGUUUUGAUGGCGUUCUCCACAUGUCUGACGAGGUCAAGAAGGCACGCAUUCGAGUCCCGCGUUCCAUGAUUAUGUCUGUCGUCAUGAACGGCCUUAUGCAGUUCGCCUAUAUGCUCACUGUUCUAUUCACAAUCGGCGACAUUGACAAAGUUGCCUCGGACCCACUCCCCAUCAUCCAGGUCUACUAUCAAGCUACAGGCUCCAAAGGGGCAACGAAUCUCUUCGUCAUUAUGCUUGCCGUUAUCAUCUUUGUAUCAUUCUUCAAUGUCUUCGCUUCUGUCUCUCGACUUCUGUGGGCAUUCUCAAGAGAUAACGGCCUUCCGUUCUCCAAAGUUUUCGCAAGAGUCCAUCCCACCCUUAAGAUGCCACUCAACGCCCUCAUCUUGAUUGGUGUAUGUCUCUGCCUUCUAGCCAUCAUCAACAUCGGCUCUAGUACUGCGUUCAACGCCUUCAUCUCUCUCCCCGCAAUGGCCCUCUACAUCUCCUACUUCUUCCCAAUCUUCUUCCUCUGCUGGCGACGCAUGUCCCGUAAUCAUCCUACGCCCAUUCCUUACGGUCCGUUCAAGCUUGGGAAAUUCGGUAUUCCCAUCAAUCUCGGUGCAAUGGCUUACAUUAUCUUCAUUGUUAUCUGGAUGCCUUUCCCAACAUUCUUGCCUGUAGAUGGGAUAAAUAUGAAUUACGCUGGCCCACUAGUAGGAGCGGUUAUUGUUGGUGCCCUUUUAGACUGGAUCAUCUCUGGCCGGAAACGUUUCCAGGUCCCAGUUGUGAGGCAGAGGCCGGAUUUUUAAGAUUUGGUUAGAUAGUGGAAAGGAAUUUGGUGUUAGGGGAAUAGAGUUUGUGCUACGACAUAUUAAGAGUUUUGUGGAGACGGAGAGAGCUAUGGAAUGAAAUAUCAACUUUCAACGAAGUGUAUGAUUCGCUAUGUAC